CGCAAAAGCGAAGCUGUCGAUCGUCUGCGCAUUUCGAGAAUCGCGUAGGCGGAAGCGUGAAGCCUUGCCUUGCAAUACCAAAAGCAGCAUCCAAAAAUGCCUCCGCGACCGUCUCGGGGGCAUGCCGUGGAGGCCUUGCCCGGCCUUUCGCUGCGUACCGCGAUUGCUUUAGUGCUCGCUGUCUGGGUCGCCUGCACGGUUAUUAUGAUGCACUAUCACUCAUUCACGGACGUCAGAAAGUUCUCAUACAGCGACCACGUCCGCGCCAGCUUCCCCGCCCCUCUGGCCCUGACCCACCUGGGCCAGCUGGACAGCAACGCGGCGCAGGCGGCGGCCUUCAUGCCCGUGUACGACAACCCGCACCCGCCGUACGCACUUGUGUUGGUGGCAAACUACUACGGCUCCAGCAGCCUGCACCUGCUGCGGCCGGGCCACAGGCCGCUGCUCAAACCGCUGGCAGUCCUGCAGACCGAGUGCGGGCACAGCUGGGCCGCGUGGGAGCAAGGCGGCCGCCGCUGGGCCGCCAUCGCAAACUACUGCAGCAAGGAUGGCGCCGGUGAUUCCAGCGGAUCCAAUUCCUCGUCCACCGGAUCUGGAUCUGGAUCCGGCGGGCACAAGGGCGUGGUGAUCUACGAGCUGGAGCAGCUGGCAGCUGCCUCCAGCUCCGCGGGUCCGGACUGGGGGUUCAAGGCCGCGGUGGCGUUGACGGCCAAGGGCGCAUCGCACGUGCUGCAUUUCGAGCUGCCCGGCGGCGUGGGUGCAGGCACAGGCGCGGGCAGGGGCACGGGAGGGCGGCGGCGGAAGGCGGCUGCGACGGCGGGAAGGCAGCGGUCUUGGCUGGGAGGCGGGAGGAAGGUGGAGGAGGGGGAGGUCGAGGAGGAACGUGAGGAGGAGGGGGCGGAGGAGGAUUUGGAGGGGGAGCACGGCGGGGAGGAGCGGCUGCCGGCACACGUGUUGGCGGUUGCCGCGUACGGCAGCGACGAGAUCGUGCUGUAUGGCCUGAUGUACGGCAGGACGGCGGCGGCGGCUGGCGGCGCCGCCGGGCUGAGCACGAGUGUGCUGCAGCGGAUCCGGCUUCCAGGCGUGUCGUCAGUGGCGGCGUGUCGGGGCGGCGGCGGGCAGUUGUUCCUGAUGGGACUGAGCUACUUCGACAAGGGCUUCUCCACCCGCUCCGCCGUGUACAGGUGGGACGCCGCCAAGCGGCAGUUCGCCCUGCUGCAGGUGCUGGCCACGGACGGCGCCCACGGCGGCCGCUGCUUCCCCGUGUACGAGCCCGGGGCCGACCCCACCACCGCAAGCAGUAGCCACCUGCUCAGCAGUAGCAGCAGCAGCCGCAGCAGCGAUGACAGUAGCAGCAAGGCGGGUAGCGGCGGGCAGCAGCAGCAGCAGCAGCAGCAGCAGCGGCACGCAGGCGCUCAGCACGAGGCGCUAUACCUCGCCAUCGCCAACUCGCGAUCGGGCGAAGAGUACGAGGCCAACUCCACAAUCUGGCGUUACGACCCAACCGCCGGGCGGUUUCUGUUGCACCAAAUGGUUGAAACGGUUGGCGCGCACGAUGUGCAGCACCUCCGGCUGCCGCCGCACGUGCUGGGGAAGCGCGGCGGCCGCUUCGCAACCUCCUCGGCACGCCAUGCACGUCGGCCGGGUGGCGGCGGGAGUGACAUGGGUUCCCAGGAUGAGGUGACGGGCCCUGGGCUUGACGUGUUGGUGUUCGCCAACCGCGGCGUGGACCAGGCCUGCUCGCUGGAAGAGCACAGCCCCAUCCUGGUGUGGCACCCUGGGCGGCGGCGCUUCGAGCCAACCGCGCAUCUGUCCGGCAUCUCCUGCGCCACCGGGCUGGCGGCGGGGCGGCUGCGGCAGCACGGCGCCGCCGGGCCGCCCACCACCUACCUGCUAGCCACGGGCGAUCGUACGGCAAACGGGUCGUACACUGGCGCCAUGACCCACGUUUGGAGCUUGGAGGAGGAGAAGGCGCCGGGGGCGUUUGGAGGCGGUGGCGGAGGCGGAGGUGGCGGUGGCGUAGGGGGGCACUUCACGAGCACGCUGCAGCACUAGAAGCUGGGGCGGUUGGGGGUGAAGGACGGAGAGGAGUGGAAGGCAGCGGGGGGCCGGAUGCAGAUGGAGUAAGGGGCGAUCGAACGUUGGAUCGAGGAUGGAUAGCACGGUCAGAUGUGCACUGCCUGGAGUGUCAUCACGAAUGAACACAGCAACUGCUCACCGGGGCUACUGCAGCCGGUGCCCGGUAGGUCCCAAUCGGUCGUUGCAGCGGUCUUCCGUUCACUAUGUGGCGGCGGUGCCAACGGUGUGUUGACGGGCGCGCACAUGCAUGCACUGGGAGUCUGUUGCCGACAGCUUUCUAUCGGUGCGUAGAAUUGGCAAGGUCGGUUGCCAACGGAGUGCGGAGACAAGAAAGGAACGGUACGCGGCACAUACCAUGCUGUGCGAGCACGUGGGCGCAACAGCCUGGUGCCAGCGGGAGGCAUGACUGGCGGCGGUCAACUGUCGACACCACGCACGUGCGUGGCUUUGCUCGGCGCCCCAGAGCAUGCCGGCACUGAGCUGGCAGCACCUGCUCCCACCCUGGAUUGC